AUGCGAGUGCUCGCGCGGGCCGGCGCGGCCGUGCUGGGCGGGCGGCCGUGGCGGGGCGCGGGGGUCCCGGGGGGCGGCCCGGCGCGGGACGCGGCCCGGCGCCCCAGCUCCGACGGCGCCGCGGGGACGGCCCUGCUGCGGCACCUGGCCUACAAGAUCAAGGCCAGCGGCCCGGUCAGCGUGGCCGAGUACAUGCGGGAGGUGCUGACCAACCCCGCGCAGGGCUAUUACAUGCACCGGGAUGUGCUCGGAGAGAAAGGAGAUUUCGUGACUUCCCCUGAGAUCAGCCAGAUCUUCGGGGAGCUGCUGGGGAUCUGGUUCGUGAGCGAGUGGAUGGCCGCUGGGAAGCGUCCUGCCCUCCAGCUGGUGGAGCUGGGCCCCGGGCGGGGCACGCUGGCCGGAGAUAUCCUGAGGGUGUUCGGGCAGCUUGGGUCAGUGCUGAGGAACUGCGACAUUUCCGUCCACCUGGUGGAAGUGAGCCAGAAGCUGAGUGAGAUUCAGGCGGCAACGCUGACCGACGGGGCGGCCCCCCUCGAGCAAGCGGCCGACGCCCCCGUGUACAUGAAGGGCGUCACCAAGUCUGGCCUUCCGGUGUCCUGGUACCGAGACCUGCGAGAUGUGCCACAAGGGCACAGCUUCUAUCUCGCGCAUGAGUUUUUUGACGUCCUUCCCGUCCAUAAGUUCCAGAAAACACCCCAAGGAUGGCGGGAAGUCCUCGUGGACAUUGACCCGGAGGGCUCGGAUAAACUGAGGUUUGUGCUGGCGCCUUGUGCCACCCCAGCGGAAGCCUUCAUACAACCCGACGAGACCCGGGAGCACGUGGAGGUGUGCCCCGACGCGGGGGUGAUUGUCCAGGAGCUGGCCCAGCGCAUCGCCCGCGACGGAGGGGGCGCCCUGAUCGCCGACUACGGCCACGACGGGACUAAGACCGACACCUUCCGGGGCUUCCGUGACCACAAGCUGCACGACGUGCUGGUGGCCCCGGGCACCGCCGACCUGACGGCGGACGUGGACUUCAGCUACCUGCGCAGGGUGGCCCGGGGCCGGGUGGCGGCUCUGGGGCCGCUGCAGCAGCAGGACUUCCUGAGGAACAUGGGCAUCGACGUGCGGCUGAAGGUUCUUCUGGAGAAGGCAGAAGAGCCGGCCGUGAAGCAGCAGCUGCUCCAGGGCUACCACAUGCUCAUGGACCCCCAGCAGAUGGGACAGAGGUUCCACUUCUUUGCCUUGUUGCCCCUUGAGAGGCUGCAGGGCCCCGGGCAGUCGGCCAGUGGGCGCCGCCAUCGGGCGCCGUCCUCCGCGGGCUCCGUCGCUGGGUUUGGCGAGCUUACCUGGCAGUGAUGGUUCGGGGUGGACUUGGCCCGAGUGUUCCUGAGGAGCCACAGUAAAGGCAACAACGUUUGACACGGGGCAGGUAAAAUGACUCCUGAAAUACCGGCUCCUUACGGCCAGCAGAAUACCUGCCGUGUGACAAGCGCUGGGCGUGCAAGGUUCUCUCGGUGCAGAGGAGUCCGCUCAGCUUACUGAAGAUGACGGGUUUCCUCUCGUAAUAAAGACAGACACUUGCUGUGCA